AUGAAAAAAACAAGAAUUAGAUUUAGCAUAAAAGCAAAAGGUGUUAACCUAACAAUUUCAAAAGCUAAAUUUCAAGCUAAAAUAUUUAAAGGAAGUAUUGAUACAACAAAACAAUUUAUACAAAUUGGAAUUGGAAAUUUAGGAAUAACUGAUAUUGAAAAGAAAGAAGAAUGUUUUGGAUGUGAUGGAAAAGAAGAGUGUUUACAAAUUCAAUACAAUUAUGGAAAAGAGUCUACAUGUAAAAUAGAUUGUAUUACACCAACAUUAUUGCUUGCACCUGAAUUUAUUAAGCGAUUACUUUAUUCAUUAAAAGAUGUUAUUAAACAAUUAACACAAAUAAUAUCAAGAAGUGAAGAAAAUAACAAUAACACUAAUAACACUAAUAAUGAUUGUCUAACUAAUUCCAUAAAUAGUAAAUUGAAUGAAAGAAAAGAAAAUUCUUUUAAUAAAUUAGUAUUACAAAGAAAUGAAAAUAAAGAAAGAAAUAAAGAAGAAUUAAUAUUUAAUAUUUUAUUUAAUCUUAUUAAAAGUAAAUUAGUAUUUAAAAAUAAUGAAGGAAAUACUUUAACUUUAAGUGGUUCAUUAGAAGGAAGUGUAGUAUUAAAAAAUGGACUAAUAGAUUCAAUAUCAUUAUUUAGUAAUGAUUUUUGUAUUUUUAGUAAAUUUAUUAAAAGAAAAGAUAUCAUUCCUAUUACAACCAUUAAAACAUUUAGCUCCUCAUUAAGAAUGUUAACACUUCCUAAUAUUAGUUUUUUAUUAGACUGUGUUAAUAUUGAAUUUUCUAAUAGAGAUUUGGAUACUACAAUUAAACUUAUUAAAGAAUUUCAAGAAAGUAUUCAAAGUAUUUUAACUGUUCCUGAAGAAGAAAAUAAUUUAAGCAAAUUAAAAUUAAGUCAAGAAGGAUUAGAGUUAAAAGAUAAAAAAAUUAAAGCACCAUUAAAACAAAAUGAAAGAUUUAUAUUUCCAAAUUUAAUAGUUAGUUUUAAUAUUAAUAAAAUAGAAUUUGUUUUAUCAAGUGAAUUUAUAUCUCAAGAAGGAGAUAUUAUUGAAAGUUGUAAAUCAUUAAUAUUAAAUACAGAAUUAUUUUCUAUUGAAUUAAAUGAAAAAGAAUUAUCUUUUAAUAUAAUUCAAACAGGAAUUAAAUACACUAAUACUUCAAAGAAAAAAUGGACAAUUGAACCAUUAAUUGAACCAUUUAAUAUAACUGGAAAAUGUUUAAUACCACAUUUUAAAAUUGAUAUUAGUCCUAAUAAAUUUUUAAUUUUAAAUAUUACACCAGAAUUUAUAUUAACUUUAAAUCAAUUAUUUGAACAUUGGGUAAAAACUAUUGACACAGAAUAUUAUAAAAAUAAAGGAAUAUCAAAAAUUAUUAACCGAGUUGGUGAACAAUUAAUUCUUAAUACAAAAAAUCAAUCUUUCAUUAUUGAAAAAGAUAAAUCAUUAGAAAUUCCUCUUAUUAAUGAAAGAAAUGUAAGUAUAUUAAUUGGAACAUUUGAUCCAAUUAAUGUUGUUAUUUCAUUAAAAAAUAGAAAUAAUAAAUUUGUUUAUAACUUAAAACAAUAUGGAAAUAUUUAUGGAUAUAUCACUAUUAAAUUUCAUUAUAAUAAAUUUAUUCAAAUGGUCUGUAUUUCUUCUAUUGUUAUAUUUAAAAAUAAAACUCAAAUUCCAUUAAAAAUAAAUAUAAAUAAUACAUCUCUUCUCUCUACUUAUUCUCCUCUUUCAUUUACUCCAAUAAUUGGUAUUAAACCUUUUUCAUUUUCAAUUUCUCUUCCAGAAAAUGAAAAAAUAAUUCAAAAUUUUAAUUUUGAAUAUUCUUUAAUAAAUAAUGAAGAUAAUGAACUCUUCAUAAUGAAUUCAAUUACUCCUUUUGUUAUUAAUAAUAAGUCUUUUGUAUUAAAAUAUAAAUAUUCAGAAAAAUUAAAAUCAGAAAAUAAAUUUAUUACACCAAUUACUAUUCAAAUUGUACCACCAUUCACUUUUAUUAAUAAAUUACCUUUAACGUUAUCUAUAUUUAUUACUCAUCAAAGUACUUUUGUUUCAAAUCCUAAUAUAUUUCAACAAUUGAAUAAUAAAAAUAAUAUUAAUGUUUCUUCUUCUUCUUUAAAUAUAUUAAAUCAUUCAAAUUUAAAUACUUCUAUAAAUCAAAAAUAUUCUUGUAUUAUUAUACAACCUUUCUCAUCUGGUAGUUUUAAUGAUAUUGGUUAUAAUGAUACAAUUUAUUAUUCUGUUAUGGUAGUUGACCAAUUGAAUGGUUUUGUUUUUGAUGAUAAACAUGUUCAAUCUUCAAUAAAUUCUUAUUGUUCUUCAACAAAGGAAUUACCUUCACUUAUUAUUGGGAAAUAUCAUUUUAAACAAUCAAUUAAAGAUCAUACUAUAAUAUUUGACUGUCCUUUUUAUAUUAAAAAUUCAACUCUUUUACCUCUUGUUAUUAAUGAUUUUGGAACAAUUAGUUCCACUAAAGGAUAUUAUUUAUAUGCUCCUUUUAAUCAAAAUACUAAUUCAUUAGAAUUAAUUCAACGCACUAUUAAUGAACCAUUUAAAGAUCCUAUUCAUUUAAGUCUUGGAGAAACUAAAUACCUUACGAUAGAUCAUCAAGAACUUAUUGCUACAAUUACUCUCUUUAAAAUUAUGAAUAAACUAAGUUCUUCAUUAAAAAUAAGUAUUAAACCUCAAUUUAUAAUUACAAAUUCAACAACUAAAACAUUAAAAUUAAAAUACAAAAACAAAAUUAUAACUUUAGCACCAAAUGAAUCUGCUCCUGUUCAUUCAAAUAUAAUAACUAUUGGGAUAAUUGAUUAUUAUGGUGUUCCAAUAAAAGUAAAUGAAACAAAUGAAUAUCAAAUACUUAUGAAAACAUUUGAAUCAUAUAAAAUAUUUACUAUUCAAACAGAAAAUAAUAAAGGAAGUUUUUAUACAAAUAUUUAUGGAUGUAAAGAACUUUUUUUAAGAUUAGAUAAUAAAACAAAUAACUCUUAUAUUAUUAGUCAAUAUGGUUGUAAUAUGAAAAUAAAAUUACUUCCUUAUCACUCUUUACCAUUUGCAUGGAUUAAUCCAAUUAAAGAAAGAAAAUUAUUAAUUAAUGGUUGUAUUAUUGAUCCUCUUGACAUUGAAAAAGAAUAUUUAAUUCAUUCAAAUAUCAUUUCAAUAGAAAUAGAAGGAAAUCUUAGUAUUAUUACAAUUGAUAAAAAUAAAAGAAAAGAAGAACAAGUUAAAUGGAAUAUUGAUUUAAGUCUUCCUUCAUUUGGUAUUUCAUUAUUUGGAAAAAAUGCAAAAGAAGAAUUAUCAUUAAAUAUUAAAUCAAUUUUAUUAGAAAUUGUUAGAACAGAUAGACAUCUUGGUUUAGAAAUGCAAUUUGAUUAUAUUCAAUUAGAUUUUCAAUCAUUAGAUAUAUUAAAAAAUCCAGUUAUUAUUUCUCCAAGACCACUUGAUUGGAUUUAUGAUCCAAAUAAAUCAUUUUUUCAUAUUGGAUUAUUAUUAAUUACUCCAACAAAAGGAAAUAUUCUUCAGUUACGUUGUAUUUCAAAAGCAAGUUUUACAAUUCAACCAUUAGAAAUUCUUAUUGAACCAGAUAUUUUACAGCAUAUCCUUGAAACUUUAGAAGAAUAUCCCCCUUUCUUAAUUCCUACAAACAACUCUAAAACUGAUGAUAAUGACUCUUUAAGAUUAAUUAUUAAAGACGCUAUUAUUAAUACAGUUGAUAUUAAUACUUCUAUUGGAAAAACAACAAAAAAACCUUCAAAACAUUCAUUAAUCUUACGACUCUUAUAUCAAGCACGUGAAAUGGAUGUUGAUAGAAUUCCUAUUAGAUUUAAUAAACAUAUCAUUCGUAACAAACGUUUUACAACAACAGUAUUAUUAAAUUUAAUAAAAGAAAAAAUACUUGAAGACUUAGGUAAUUUAAAAUGGAUUGUCGUUGGUAAAUUAUUUGGACUUAGGACUAUAGUCAACAAAAGACCAAAGUCAAUUGACUUUACUCAAGACCGUUUUGAAAUAAAUUCUAUGAAUGGAAUUGAUAAACAAACAGAAGAAGAACUUAACCACUUUUUAAGAAGAGUUGAUAACAUUCCUAGAAAAGAUGUUCCUGAUA